CUCACCCACCAUCUUAAUAAAUUACUCUCCUUUUUGUCUUUUUUGAUGGCUUCUUGUUCUUCUUCUCUUCCACCAAUUCUCCUAGUCCACUUAAACAGUCGCUCUUCCCAAUGGACCCUUCAUCGCCAUCCUCCGUUCAAUCCGUCACCUUCUACGACUUCUCGGUCGCAUGCGAAACCCAGCUUCCCUCGAUCUCGUUCGAUCCAUCAAAAGGAGUUCUUCCUCACAGUGGAAGGUGCUAUUAGAGAUCAUCCCUUGUGGGUUGGUGCUUCCAAGGAAGAAAUUGACUCUGCAUUGGAGGGAUUGGAGAAGUAUGUCAUGGCAGAGCUGUUUUCUCAGACGUUUUCUUCAAUUCCUGAGGAUGUGAAGAUUGAUCAGAAAAUCUCUGAGAAGAUAUGCCUGCUGCAAACCUUCUUGAGGCCUGAGCAUUUGGAUAUACAGGCGGUACUUCAAAAUGGAGCUUCAUGGCUGGAAUUUAUCAAUGAAGCUGUAACAUCAGGGUGCUGAUCAUAAAUGGUACGAGACUCUUCCUCCGGGCGAAAUGUUGCCAAGGAAUGAGGCUCUUGGAGGCUACAUUUUUGUUUGCAACAACGAAACAAUUCAAGAAGAUCUUCGCCAGUCGCCGCCAACUCUUUGGGCUUCCAUAGGAUUCCACACUCUUCCUUGAAUAUUAACAAUUAAUUUUGAUUUUCUAUUUUUUUUUAAUUAUAAAUUAAAGGCUGUAAGUUUUGGAGGGUCAAACAUUGACCCAACUGCAUGGGAAGACAAGAAGUGCAAAGGAGAAUCAAGAUUUCCAGCCCAGGCACUUGCAUUAUUCGACUUGUUCAAAGAGGAAGAAAUGUAAAGGGUGAAAAGACAAUUAUAUCCUUGACUUACCAUUAACAAACUCAUCACUUAGGUUUGGCAAAAUAUAUAUGGCUCCAAUGAAAUGUGAAAGUGACACUACAAUAUAUGUCAAUCUUUGUUAGUUAUGUAUGAUGAUUAAUGCUGUGAA